AUGAAGUCAUCGUCGUCGAGGGAAGGAGGUCGCAGUCGAGGUCGAGGUCGAGUCGGUGCUGGAACCAGAGUGGUGUCGAGGUUUGCCGGCGAGAGAACGCAGACGGAGCCUGAGGCGGAGAAUACGGACACGCAGACAGAGCCGGAGCCAGAAAGAACAAUGGAGGGAAAUGCUUCUCCGAAAACACAUAAUUUGGAUAUACCCAAAGCCGAAUUCUACUAUGAAUUUGACGACAUGAACAAGAUUUCGGUGAAGUUAUCGUCAAAGUGUUUCCACAUAGAAGCUGUGGAAUUUCUCGAGCACCACAUGACGGAGGAGGAAAAAAAGUAUUUCACCGAACAAUCGCAAUUCAGGCACAUAUUUCAUAUGAAGAAGAAACAGUCACUGAAGAUGAGUUUAAUGGUUGCACUCAUCAACCGAUCAGUCAAGACCAAGAUGUUGGGUUCCCUUCGGGGGACGUUCACGUUCAACAAUGUUCAUGAGUUUGUGGUGAACUAUCUGAAUAAACAUCGGAAGCCGGCUAAUCAGUGGAACUUACCAGGGUUUAUAAUUCCCCUCACGAUGUUGCCGUUCGAAUGUAUUCCCAAGGUUCAUUCAGGCGGAUGGUAUAGUGAAGUCAGGGUGGAAGGAAAUGUGAAACAAUCAUGUCCAAGGAUGUGCCGACGAUGUUUCAUUCCGAAAAAGAAGUAUGGAAUCAGACAAGGUUUGACAAGGAUUGGAAGGACGCAGGAUAUUGCGAGCAUUCUAAUUCCAGAGGAGGCUGAGAGCCAUCUAGUUGUGCAUUUGGAGACAAUUGAUAAUGUUGAUGAGGUGGUUGAUAGUUGGAUGGCGCAUUUGGUUGAAGAUGUGAAAUCUGUGAAAUGGAGAGAUAUACUCGAGGCUGAUGUGAAAUCUCACAUCGAAGUACCAAUGAUGCAGAUGCAGAUGCAGAAGAAAAGGAAAGCAGCUGCUUCAACAAGAAAUGUGGAAAAAAGAAGAAGAAGAAGCGAAAAAGGCAAAAGACAAGUGACUUAUAAAGAAGAAGAAGAAGAAGAAGAAGACCAAGGCGAUGGUCAAGAUUUAACUUCUCAAGUCUCGCAUUUGAAAGGGCAAGUUGGGUAUCUGACUCGGAAGUUGGCUGAGACAGAAAAGAAAUUGCAAAGUGCGAUUGCAGUACAAGGUGAACAAAUGAAGCAAGCGAUUGAAGGUCAAGGUGAGUUUAUGAAGAAAGUGAUUGUGGUCGGUAUGAUCGCAGCGGGUAAGUACGACAAUCCCUUUGAAGUUGAAGCUCGGUUGGAUUACUUGAUGAAGAAAAUGACUGAGUUGACUGGGAAUAAAAAGGCUGAGGGUUCGGCCAGGACUACGAGAACCCCUCCGGAAACAUAUGAAGAGGCUGUCGAAAAAGAAGGAGAAGAUGCGGGAAAAGAGGAUGAAGAAAUGGGACAAGAGGGGAAAGAGGUCGAGGGAAUGGGAGAAGAGGCUGUUGCUGAAGGGGAGAAAGAGGCUGCAACAGAAGAGGGUUUAGAGGCUGAGAGAGUGGGAGAAGAGGCUGCAGCAGAAGAGGGUUUAGAGACUGAGAGAGUGGGAGAAGAGACUGAAACAGAUGAUGACGGAGGGGAGGCCGAGGAAGGUGGCGAGAGAGACUGA